AUGGUUUUUUCUUGGCGAGGAGGCCCGGUAGCCCGAUGUCUGCUGCUCUCGCUUCUGUUCCUUGCAGUCUGGGAGGCUGGGAGCGGCCAGGUCCACUACUUGGUCCCCGAGGAGGCCAAACACGGCACCUUCGUGGGCCGCAUCGCCGAGGACCUGGGGUUGGAGCUGGCGGAGCUGGUGCCGCGCCAGUUCCGGGUGGCGUCCAAAGGCCGCGGAGACCUUCUGGAGGUAAGUCUGCAGAAUGGCAUUUUGUUUGUGAAUUCUCGGAUCGACCGCGAGGAGCUGUGCGGGCGGAGUCUGGAGUGCAGCAUCCAUCUGGAGGUGAUCGUGGAGAGGCCGCUGCAAGUUUUCCAUGUGGAGGUGGAGGUGAAGGACAUUAAUGACAAUCCACCCAAAUUUCUGGUCAAGGAGCAAGAGCUAGUUGUUUCAGAAUCCAGAAUGCCAGAUUCUUGGUUUCCGCUAGAGGGUGCUUCGGAUGCAGAUACGGGAGCUAACUCCGUUUUAACCUAUAGGCUUAGCUAUAGUGAUUACUUCACGCUAGAUGUGAAUUCAAAGAAUGAGGAGAAUAAGCAAGUUGGGCUCGUGUUAAGGAAAUCUUUGGACCGAGAGAAAAUUCCCGAACAUAACUUACUCUUGACGGCUACUGAUGGAGGCAAACCGGAGCUCACUGGCACCGUUCAGCUGCUGGUCAUUGUGCUGGACGUGAAUGACAAUGCUCCCAGUUUCGACCAGUCUGAAUAUGAAGUAAGAAUAUUCGAAAACUCAGACAACGGAACAAUAGUUAUCAGACUGAAUGCUUCUGAUCCCGACGAAGGAGCUAAUCGGGAGAUUUCAUACUCUUUUAAUAGCCCGGUUCCACCCAUGAUUAUUGCCCAGUUUGCGGUGCACGCGGAGAGCGGCAAGGUGUACGCGCUGCAGCCGCUGGACCACGAGGAGCUGGAGCUGUUGCAGUUCCAGGUGAGCGCGCGCGACGCGGGCGUGCCACCUCUGAGCAGCAACAUGACGCUGCAGGUGUUCGUGCUGGACGAGAACGACAACGCGCCCGCGUUGCUGCCGCCUGGGGCUGGCGGCGGGGGCGACGCGGUGAGCCAGCCGGUGGCGCGUUCUGUGGGCGCCGGCCACGUAGUGGCGAAGGUGCGCGCUGUGGACGCGGACUCGGGCUACAACGCGUGGCUGUCUUACGAGCUGCAGCCGGAGUCCGGGGGCUUGCGCAGCCCGUUCCGCGUGGGGCUGUACACGGGAGAGAUCAGCACGACGCGCGCCCUGGACGAGGCGGACGCGCAGCGCCAGUGCCUGCUGGUGCUGGUGAAGGACCAAGGCGAGCCUGCGCUGGCGUCCACGGCCACCGUGCUGCUGUCGCUGGUGGACAGUGGCCAGGCUCCAAAGGCCUCAUUGUGGGAGGCAGCGAGAGCCACGGGCCCAGAGUUGGCCUUGGUGGAUGUGAACGUGUAUCUAAUCAUCGCCAUCUGCGCGGUGUCCAGCCUGUUGGUGCUCACGCUGCUGCUGUACACGGCGCUGCGGUGCUCGGCGCCGCCCACCCAGCGCGCGUGCGGGCGGGAGAAGCCCACGCUGGUGUGCUCCAGCGCGGUGGGGAGCUGGUCGUGCUCGCAGCACAGGAAGCAGAGGGAGUGUUCUGGGGAGGGCCGGUCUAAGAGUGACCUCAUGGCCUUCAGCCCCUGUCUUCCUCCGUGCCCUGGAUCUGUGGACGUAAAGGAAGAUCCACAUGUUUCCUCCGAUUCUUCUGGGAAGGUGGGUUGCUCUUAU